CUUAACCCACUAAACAAGUCAUGUGAAAGGCCGAGGGGCCUCGCCAACUCCGAUCAUCGACGAACCUCGCCCCGACAUGAUCCUCUCUGUCCGACUCCACGACCACUCCAAGGCACUUCUUACACAUCACCAUCGACAACACCGCUCUCUAUCUCUCUCCCCCCUCACUGCUUUCAACAUCAAUUCUUCCUGUUUCUUCACCAGAGCCAAAUCUCCAUACGACUUCCAUCUCGCCUUCCAUCCGUACCCAUCAUCACCCUAUCCGCCUCUACUGGAAACCUGGCACCUAAACGCCUCCUCCACCAUUUGUCACCAUCACUUGCCAGAUCGUGGUUCAACGACAAGACCGAUACGUAAUUCGAAUGCUGCAUUUCUCGAACAUUUCGCCGACAAGCACUAGUGCUACUGAACUUGCACCUCGUCUGCUCCAGUCAGUCUCCAGCAAGUCCCCUCUCGCACUCGAUCAGACUUGACCCUGAUCCUGGCGGCUCGGCCGCCAUCACGAACUGGCAGCCCAUCCCAGUUCGAACGACCUAAUCACUGCCGACGACCCAUCCAUCACGACUUCCCCUCAACCUACUACCACCAGAAAUACUAAUUCCCACCUCCCCUACACACCUAUUGUUAACCCCACCUCUGCCUCCCCUCCUCAAGACAACACACUGAGCCUUCCAACCUUCACCAUUCAACCCUCGCCGAUUCCACCAGACCCAUCGACACUCAGAGGGAGGCGCAGGAGAAGAAGUUCCUUGUCAGACCAGUCCGACCCAGACCACUCAGGCUUUCCGUUGUCCGGGCCUGCUGAAACAAACACAGAAGCGGCUUCUGCAGAAGAUUCCACGAUAGCAUCGAGAGCAAAACGCAGGCGAGUCCAUCACUCCAAUAUGAGAGUAGAGGAAGAUGUGGAUCAGAUCUUUGCCAAUGGCCACAAUGUCAGCUCCAACGGGUCUACCCCUAGGAAGCCUGUACAGAAUGGACUCAACGGUCACACCUCGGGCGCCGUGAACCGGUCGACGUCUCCCUACACUAACGGUGCAGCAAAGAAGCAGUCUGUAGUCCGGGCACCUACCUACCGCGGACACAGUCGAGAAGAGGUGGUUAGGAUUAUGAUACAAGGCUUGUUUGACCUAGGCUACCCGAAUGCUGCCAAUCUCCUGGGCAGCGAAAGUGGUUACGAAUUGGAGAGUCCAACAGUAUCCGCCUUUCGAAACGCCAUCCUCGAAGGAAUAUGGUCCGAAGCAGAAGCCAUCUUACUCGGCUCGCCGCAACUCGACUUGCAGAGCAGGUCUCGGCUCAAUGAUGACCAAAAUGGCGAUGGCUUGGUUCUUGCCGAUGGGGCUGACAGAGGUCAAAUGUUGUUUUCCAUUCGACAGCAGAAAUUCCUCGAGCUUCUGGAGCGCCGGGACCUUGGCCUAGCACUGAUGGUUCUGCGGCAGGAGUUGACGCCCUUGGAACACGACAUCCACCAACUACAUGCUCUGUCCACCUUGCUCAUGUGCCCCCCGGAAGAUCUCCGAGCCAAGGCCCAUUGGCCUGGCACCGUAGAUGAAUCUCGACGAGCCUUGCUCCAGGAUCUCUCAAGAUCUAUUGCUCCCUCGGUUAUGAUCCGAGAUCACCGUCUCGCCGAGCUCUUCGACUUGGUCAAGCAAACCCAGAUCAAUCAAUGUCUCUAUCACAACACCUCGAUUCCCCCGUCACUCUUUUCCGACCAUCACUGUCACCGCGAUGGUUUCCCCGCUCGAACAACGCUGCAGCUAGAGCACCACACGGGUGAGGUGUGGCAUGUGCAGUUCUCUCAUGAUGGAACCAAAUUGGCGACAGCGAGCCAGGACCGGACUGUCAACAUCUAUGAGACAGUCACGUUCAAGCUUCUGCAUAGCCUUAAACAACACUCAGGUGAAGUGACGUAUGUGUCAUGGAGUCCUGACGACACCAAAAUCAUCACGUGUUGUCAAGACUGCAAAGCCCGCGUGUUUGAUGUCGAGUCUGGUCGGCUCCGUGUGACAUUGGAGCACCAGACGGUCGAUCAGAACUACGGUAUCACGGCUGCGGCAUGGGGUCCAGAUUCGAUGAGCUUUGUGACAUCAAGCCACGACCGUCAUUCACAAUUGUGCCAUUGGAAUCUCCUGGCAUCGACGCCUGAGCAACCGGUUCACGUGUGGCCGUCGGGAUUUCGAGUCCAGGACGUCGCCAUCACUGAAGACGGUCAUUGGCUCGUGGUCCUUGACCCGCAAAACAUCAUUCGCGUGUUCGACCUUCACACGUACCGGGAAGAGCCUCCGAUCAAGACGACAGGCAAAAUGACGAGUAUAUCUCUAAGUCGAGACGGCAGCACAGUUUUGGUAAAUUUUGCUAUGGGAGAAGUGCACCUAAUUGACUUGGUUAGCCGAGAAGUGAUUCGCAGGUUUACAGGCCAGAAGCAAGGCGAGUUCGUGAUUCGGAGCUGCUUUGGAGGAGCUGCCGAGAACUUUGUCGUGAGUGGUUCCGAAGAUGGAAAUAUAUAUGUUUGGCACAAGGAAAACGAAUCGCUGAUUGAGAGGCUCUCUGGACACGGGAGAGGGCAGAGUGGAAAGCAGUGUGUGACCACAGUGGACUGGAAUUCGCAAGAUGCAGGAAUGUUUGCUUCUGGUGGAGACGACCGCAAGGUUCGCAUAUGGACCAAUGCAAUGCCUCCCACCGAGAGUUUCUCCGCUGGGUCCGAUAGACCACAAAGCCGGCAAGAUCUAGGACGAACGAGCGCAUUAAGGUCAACCCUUUGAAACGAGACGCAGCAUUACGACACGGUUUGGAACGGAUCAUGGCGUUUGGGGCUUCCGUCGGCAACACGUUGCCCUGGGUAUCGGUUGAAUUUGCACAGAGUAUAGAGGUUUGGGUAGGGCAUUGCAUGGAAGAUAGUAUUCUGUUGAAUCGUUACAAACUGCAAGCCAGUCGUAAGCGACACAAGGACUAGGAACAGCCAAACAGCAGACCUUGAUUGGAACGCGAUGAGGUCUCAUGUGAGUAUCUACAUGGAUGGGGGGCGAGAAGCAGGCUGAAGCAAUGGUGUGUUUUUUUGGCAUUUGACAAGCGAACCAGGGCAGGCGCAGGUGGUACAUGCGAUGCUCGACAUCCCUUUGCACUAUUGCUGUUAGAAUCUGGCUCCUCAGUAUUUACAAGACUAUCACAGGACAUUCUCAUCUCACCGACAACUAAAGGAAGAGGUGAUCUUGUCAUGAUCGAGUGUGGAUUGAUAGGGACGCGUAUGCGUCGCCAAAGGACCUCAAGCAAGAGGAAGGCGCCGUGUAACACCGUCGACGCGUCCCUUCCUUAUUGUAGUUUCUUGAAAUCGCCAUAUCAUGUGACUGACAAGCUUCGACUUUGGCAAGAUGCUGCGCAGCGUCUUUACGACGCCCAUGACUGAUCGAUCACCUUUGGUUCUAAGAUUUGG